GACUCUUCUCAAGUUGUUAUAUUAUUGUCUUUGAGCAUUUGAGCAAUUUUUAUUCUGUCAGACAUUGGCAGUUCGCAAUGGGUACUCAUCCAGACUCUGACAUUUAUCCUGAGGCCACUGGAGCAGCCUCCAAGAUUGUCGCACAACACCAGAAAGAUGAACCAAUCACCUUGUACUCUGGUUGGUUCUGUCCCUUUGUUCAGAGGUCAUGGAUUGUCCUAGAAGAAAAGAAGAUCCCGUACAAAUAUGUUGAGAUCAAUCCAUACAAUAAAGAGCCCAGCUUCUUGAAAUUAAACCCCAGAGGAUUGGUCCCAACUCUAGGUGCUCCCCAAGAAGACGGGUCUCAGAAACCUCUGAUUGAAUCAAACCUCAUCUCGGAGUACCUGGACGAAUCAUUCCCAGACCAGAACCCACUCUUCCCCAAAAGUCCGUAUGAGAAGGCUCGGAUGAAAGUCUGGAUCGAUCACAUCAGUACUCGAAUCUUACCAGCCUACCAUCGGCUCUUGCAACACACUCCCGACAAACCAUACUCUUUGGAAUCUGCCAGAGAGGAAUUCGCCGCAUCGCUCAAGACAUGGAUCAAGGAAGCAGAUCCCGAGGGACCUUAUUUUCUCGGCAAACAAUUUAGUUACGCUGAUGUCGCUUUAGCCCCUUGGGCAGUCAGAUUGUGGGUUCUGGAGCAUUUCAAGGGUGUGGAACCUGUUCCGCCACGCGGAGAAGCGACCGAAGACCAAGAACUCUGGGAGCGCUGGUACAAAUGGAGUGAUGCAAUUUCGUCCAGAAAAUCUGUGGUCGAGACAUUGAGUGAUAGGGAGCAUUAUCUCCCAUUAUACAAGAGAUAUGCCGAAGAUCGUGCACAGAGUGAGCUAGCCAAGGCUAUUCGAGCAGGAAAAGCUGUACCAUGAUUCAUGUGUGUUGAUGUCUCUUGCGGCAGAGAAUAGAUAGGAUGGCACUGAUGGAUACAAAGUUGAUAUGAGGACUGCCAGAUAUCAUAAUAUACUCCACCGUAAUUUC